ACCAUAUUCAAACUAACUCCUCCAAAACACAUCACAUACUUACACCUUUACCUUUCUCUACCCAUCCACCACCAUAAGUGAAGGGAAAGUAAGAUGAGCAGGCCAGGAGAUUGGAACUGUAGAUCAUGCCAGCAUUUGAACUUCCAAAGGAGGGACUCCUGCCAAAGAUGUGGUGAUUCUAAGCAUGGGGGUGGCGGCGGCUAUGUUGGUGAUUUUGGGAGCUUUGGUGGUGGUGGUGGCAGUGGUGGCUAUGGUGGUGAUUUUGGAAGCUUUGGCGCCAGAGGGGGGAUGAACUUGUCAGUAUUUGGUUUCACGGGGCCAGAUGUGAGGCCAGGAGACUGGUACUGCAAUGUGGGAAACUGUGGAGCUCACAACUUCGCUAGCCGCUCGAGUUGCUUCAAGUGUGGUGCGUUUAAGGAUGACUUGGCCACCGGAGGUGGUGGAUUUGACUGUGACAUGGUUCGUGGCCGGAGCUUUGGGUUGGGUGGCGGAAGUGGAGGCAGUAGUCGCUCAGGGUGGAAGUCCGGUGACUGGAUAUGUGGAAGACCUGGAUGCAACGAGCACAACUUUGCAAGUAGAAUGGAAUGCUUUAGAUGCAAUGCACCGAGGGAACCAGCAAGCAAGUCUUCAUAUUAGUGUCUCGAUACAGUUUUAAGAUUUUGUGGUUGUGCCACAUGCCAAAGAGGAAAGAGAGAAAGAUAGUCAAUCCGGUUAUUAGAAGAUCCCAAUUAAGUUAACCUUUUUUGCCGAUAUCAUAUGCAAAUCUUAUCCUAAAUUUCCAUUUCCCAUUUCCCAUUCUCUUUUUUUACAUUUCGUUCGUUUUUUAGAAGUAGAAAGUUGAAUUAAUUAGAUGAAUCAUGAUUAGGUUAAUCCCUCAUUUUGUGAGCUUUAAUUCGUAAGACAUCAAAAUAUGAUUAUGUUGUAGGGGGGGAUUCAAGUCUAAUAUUAUGUGUUUCUUUUUCUAGAGGAUUAUAAGUAUUCUUUAAAAAUAAAUUAA